AUGGUCUCUGAAAUAACGGAAUGUUUCCGAUGUGGUCACGGCAAAGAGCAACAUCGAUUGAAGGAAUUGGAAAACAGUGCCAGUCAAAAUGUCGACGUUCGUGUUGCUGGUACGCAUAUUGGCGGCGGACAUCUAUAUAGUAAUAUAUCGUAUAAUAUAUAAACUGAUAAACUAAUGACACAGUGUUAUUUUUUGUUCAUUUGCAUGCAAAAUAUUUAGACUGCCAUAGCUUAAUUAACAACGAACAAAUUAUAAUUCAUGCAUGGAACCGGAUGGUGAGACAUCAGUAUUUGGCAAAAUAAACAUUCUUAAACAGAACUGUCUCGAAAUAAAAGCGUAUAGUGGUUAUUAAGUCAUUAUACUUAUAUCCUAUCGUAAAUUUUAAAAAAAUAUUAAAGCUUACUUGACAGAAAGUAUAUUUGUACUGUAUUUUUCACGAUAUAGGUUAUGGAUGGAGUGAAGUAAAGAGGGAUGUGGCCGAGAAAAGAAGAACGUGCGACAAACAGGCGGGCGUAAGACAAUAAAUUGUUUACAUCGUCUUUGUAUGAUCCUUAUAAAUUAUAAUUAUAUUCAUUGGUUUCUUUGCAUGGGUGUACUUUAAAAUGUAAAUGUUACUGCAUUCAGGAAGGGGGUUUGAAUAAAGCGGGGAGCCUCGCAGAGCCUGGGAAGAUCGUCUUCAAUUGGAUUGGGGUUUUCUAAAGAACGAAGCAAUUUAUCGUUAUAAACACAAAAGCAAUUGUUAAAUCGAGCUAAUGAAAAUCACUCUUCCGAGCUACUGCGAGGCUACCCAAUGAAGCGGGGGAUGUUUUACGUGAAAAUUCGUUACGUAUUAAAAAAUAAUUAAAUGCGAUCAUAUAUAUGACUAUAUAUACGCAUAUAACAUACUGAAAUUAUAUGUACAUAAAUUUUAGCAGAAUCUCAAAAACGUCUUACCACAUUGGAAACACGCGAUAAUUGACAAAAAAAAGUGUUAGUAUACAAGUCUACACAACAACAAAAAAUGAUAAAAUUAUCGUUUGACGAUAACGAUAACGAUUUUAAAAUCUCUCACCUGAGCGAUUUUUUUUCAGUCGGAAGAUAACGAUAAAUUUUUGACCAUGCAAUCAGCGUGCGUAUUCCUAUAUCAUACAUGUAGAGUAACUCAACCCGCGGAUUUGAAAACUUGACAUUUUGUCUCGCCUCUAUUAAUAUAAGCAGGGCCGCAGGAGUGAAACAGUAUGUUUUGUGGACCUUCCAAUUUAAAGGCUGGCGAAAAAUAUUUGUUCACUUCGUCUUCUACACUGUUAUAGAAGGGAGUUUAUAUACGAUCUGCGACGCGGCCGGCUCAACGAAGCGGUCUAAAUUUCCGUGGUUACUAAAACAUGGAACGAGCCACAACGACCCACAGCGACCCACAACGACCCCACAACGACCCACUACAACCCCACAACGACCCACAACGACCCCACAACGACCCACAACGACCCACAACGAUCACGGACACGCGGACGCGCGGACUAAAGCAUUUAGCUCGUAAACAAUACCUGCAGUUAUUAUAUUUAUUCCAAAUGAUGCAACAAAGUUCACUUUUCAAAAUACCGAAAUAUACGUCUUUUUCUAAAAAACUGAUACUUAUUGAAUAUCCGUACUAAUUCAUCAGGAAACGCUUGGCAGUAUUAUAAAUCCUUUUCUUGCACAUAUCUUGACAACUGAUUGAAAACAAUACAGGAAUGAGCAAGAAACAAGGAAACAAAAAUUUGCUUCGAAAAAGACAAACAAGCCUUAGCCGACUAGCCGUCCCAGAUUAAAAACCCAGAAGUGAACGCGAGGUGUACACGUCAUUUUCACGUCGUCUUUGAGCUCGCGUCUUCUGUUCUAAAUCUGUAUAAAUGCUUGUUUAACGUUGUGUUGAGAAUGACAACGCGGUUGACAAUAUUCAUGGGACCACGAAUUAUUGAUAGUUUUCGUCUUGAAUGACAACUUUUUUGUAAGUUCUUUGUAGGUUUGCAUUAUGGUAAAUCAUAUAACACUAUUUUUUUGUGGAAACACCAAAUUUCUUUGUUUUGAAAGCGCGUCGUUGAGCCGGCCGCGUCGUAGAUCGUAAACUCUCUAUUGCUCAAAUAGCGUAAAUUUCAAGCUUGAAUUAAAUAAUUUUAGAAAUUUUCUUUUUGCUAGGGACGCAAAAAACGCAAAGUUUUAGACGUUAUUCGAAUGGAGAAACGAAAAUUCAAAACCACCGGAAGGAUAACGUACACAGCGGUCGGUGAAUAUAAGAAGGUAUAUGCAAAUAAUCGUGCCGGCGUUACUAGCAUUCAAUAGGAAGCCAUUAUUUAGCCUUCAAAAACUCAUUAAUAAUUCAUGAAGCAAUUUUAUAAAAUAGCAUUUGUAAAUUCUGAACGCUGAUUGGCUAAGAGCCUUGUUGAUAUAACUCCAUGUCAACACGGAAAAUUUUCCGCCGCUUCUAAACACGGAAAUUUUUCUUAUUCUUUGGGCUUUUGACAUUGCUACAUAUAUUAUAAAACAAAUAUGAAACUUUUUUUCCGUAUUGAUAUAUAGUUAUAUCAACACUCGUGGAAGUUGGGAAAACUCGAAAUUGUGUGAAAACACUCCGCCCUUCGGGCGUCGUGUUUCCACACAAUUUCUCGUAUUCCCAAUUCCACUCGUGUUUAUAUAACAGUAUAUCAACACGGAAAAUGUUUUAUAUUUAUUAAAUCUAAUCUUCAGUAAGAAACUAGUCACGUGCAUGCGUCUUUAUACCAGCUUAAAGAACACUUUAACAAAAGACCAGUGGUAUGAAGGUUUUUAUAUAAAGAUUUUUGUAUAAAGAUUUGACUUAUUAUGCAUACGUUUUUGAAGCCAUUUCAGAAAACUCGCGGGUCGUGUUUUAUUAGGUUUGAAACUUUAUAAAACACUCCUGCUCGUUUUUUAAAUAGUACAUAGUCAAAAAUAAAAAGUUGUAGCCACAUAUGGGUAUAUAACUAUGAAUAACGUGGAUGGUAAAAACGCUUAGAAUCCUGAAGAGUUUAAAUGCAAAAAGUAUAAAUGCCAUGGAAACGGAAGAUUAUAACGGAAGGUUUUUUUUUAACUAUUAGGUUGUCGUUAACAACACAAUGACUCUGCAAGAUCUAAAGCAAGCGUUUGUCGCAGUCUUCUUCGAUGAAAGGGCAGGUUUGGAAGACGUACUAAGUUCUUACGACAUAGCAGUCGUGGACGGAAAAUCUAUAGUAAACAGCGACGAUGAGAUCAACCAUAAACGUCGCACGUUCGGGUUUUAUUGGAAAAGGAAGGUAUAAAUAUAUAUAUAUGAACGAAAGUUUUAUACAAAACUAACAAUGUUUAAGGUUUUGUCAUUGGUCGAGAGCUUUCGAUAUAUAUUGCAUGAACAGUUAAUGAAUCAGUUUGCACACGUUCGGUCAAAGUUGUAAUAUUCCCCUGUAUGAUUGCAGACGCCUUAAUCUUGUCUUCCCCAACACCGCGGAAAAAUGUGUGCGCAUGCGUCAACCUUACCUGAAAUAGUAUUGCGAACUUGAUGAAAAGAACACCGCGGAAAAACGUCUGCGCAUGCGUCAACCUUACCUGUAAUAGUAUUGCGAACCUGAUGAAAAGCUGUUCCGAACGUUUCCGAAGGCUCAAAAUGGCGGUAAAAAGGAGUGACCUCAUUGUGCGUCUUUACAGCCAGAUUUCGAGUGCAAAAAUAAACAUGUCAUUCUAAAAACUAGGAAUAAAUACAGCCAGAAGGUUCAAAAAAUUGUAUUGUACAAGAACAUGAACUAAAGGUGAUUGUUAACAAAUUUAUCGUCUGAAACAUUUUGUUUAUCAACUAAGCAACGACAAUUUCCGAAUUUUCGUUUGAGAUACAUUUCUUUAAAAAAAACUGUGUCACCAAAUAUAAAAAAUUUUCGUGUUCACAAUAAUUAAACUUUAGGAUUUAUUCUACAAUUUGAGUGGGUUAAGAAGCUUAACUUUUCGAGAGUUUUCUUAACUUUUGAGUUUGAAUUUUUGUUUUGAAUAAUUUUGCAAAAAUUUUCGAAGUCAUGUCCGUUAAAAUCAACAAUUUUUUACAUGAAUUAUAUUUCAUUCCAUACUUUAAAUGCCAGGACGCUUUCAAUUAAUGUCUAGUCUACCCAUUUGCUAUAUUUUCUCGUUUGUUUUACUAAUUUUGACCAAUUAAUAAGCAUGUUUUUGUUUUAGAAAUUGAUAUUCAAAUUCCCCGCCAUAUUUUCAUAAUUUGGUGCAUGCGCAGACGUUUUUCCGCGGUGUUGAUGAAAAGCUGUUCCGAACGUUUUCAAAGGCUCAAAAUGGUGGUAAAAAGGAGUGACUUCAUUGUGCGUCUUUGCAGCCAGAUUUCGAGCAUAAAAAUAAACAUAUCAUUCUAAAAACUAGGAACUUUAAGCACAGCCAGAAGGUUCAAGAAAUGGUAUUGUACAAGAACAUAAACGGAAUAAAUUUAUUGACAGUUACAUUUGGUUUAUUUCCUUGCAUAAUACUACUUCUUGCACAUGUGGACUAUAAUUACUUCUAUAGUUUUAGCAGUGUCACGCUUGCAUUUUCAUAGAAAUAGCGAAAUAAUCUAAGUCGCUUCCAUUUUGAGUUUUGGACAACAUUCGGGACACUUGACACAACGUUCAUGUUGACGUAUACGCAGACGUUUUUCCGUGGUGUUCGAUAUAGUUAAUUAUUAAGUCACAAAAAGUCACUUACAAUAUAUAUGAAUAGCGACAUUUAUUCGCCUUUUUUUUAAAUAAGGAAUUGGAUGAUAGCACAGAAGAGACCAGCGAAUUGGAAUCAAUUAAUACGGAAGAUUCAAACAAAGUAAUUACUACUUUGCAGGUAUGAAUUAGAUUCGUUAAUUAUUGGGCUUAACUUCACGCGCUGACUACCUAAACUCAUUAAUUAAGUUCGUUUGCAUUGCAUCUGCCGCAUUAGAAUUUUGACGUUUAAGCUUCAAACACGUAUUAUUGCUUACGUGAGACCGUUUCCAUGCUUUAUAUGUCAGGUUAAAUAUUCGUUUGUCAUUGCGUUGAAAUAUCGUCACUGAGCUAGAUAUAUAAUUAUGAAAGUGCAUGUAUAUUAUCCGAAAGUGUCAAGGUAGUCGUCGAGUCUUGAAUAUAUCAAGUCUGAUUCCAAGCCUGAAAUAAAAUGACAAAGUAUUAAAUUUUCUCCGAAAAAUACGUAAAGUUGAAUGCUCUCCAUAUAUAAAUUAUAAAAUGUAUAAUGUAACUAAAAAAGUCCCUGAAAAAACCCGGCCCUUAAAAAGAGCCCGAAAAAAACCCUGAAAUGGCAUAAAACAAUAAGAGAACUACUAUAGUCUAGAAACUUUCAGAGGCCUGCAUGAGGAUAUUAUAAUUAUCUGUAGAAUGUCGUAUAUAAAUACAUAUUGAUCUGUUUAUAUAAUUAGGAAAUAGAUGAAUCAGUAAAGGAAUCUGCAGAAAGUGUAAAAGAUAACAACAAAAAAAU